AUGAAAUUAUUUGUUAUAAUUAUUUCAAUUAUUGCUGCUAUCUCAGCUCAAUAUUAUUAUAUGUAUCCAUAUUAUUAUUAUUAUCCUCAACAAACAUACUAUCCAUCAGCAUAUCCCCAAUAUAUACCAAUAAAUGAUUCUACAAAUAAAACAUUAACAAAUGAAAAUAAUCAAAAUAAUCAAAAUAUAACAACACAAUUUUCUCAAAAUGAAUCUCAAAAUAAUAACCAAGAAAAUGUUAACAAUAGUCAGGCUAAUGCUUUACAAACAACACAAGGAUAUAAUGGUCCAUAUAAUUAUUUCUAUUAUCCAUACCUUAUAGGAUAA